CGUUCGAGUCAAACGCUGAAUCAUAAACGCGUAUUGAAGCAAGACGACCAGACAUAUCGAUAUGAAUCUAAAGAUUGUUCUUAUUGGUUUUAUUUUAUUGCAAAGCCUUGAUCCCGAUGCUGUUUUCGCAGCCAGAAUUUCGAAUCAAAAAUGUACAAACUAUCGGAAUAUGCUGCCAAGAAUAUUUGAAGAAUUCAAGGAAACAGAUGAGGAUGCUGCUCUGAAAGAGUUUCCAUUUAUGGCGAGAAUUGAAAUUGGAGAAGAUGACAACACACAUAUGAAUGGGAUACUAAUUAGCGAAAAUUUUGUUCUUACGUUAGCGUCAAGAGCACAUGGGAACCAUGUCAUCCUCGGAGAUUUAAAUAUGGCAACAACGAAUGAUGAUGAGCAUACACAGAAAUUCGAAAUAAUAGCGGAGUUUCAGCAUCCCAAAUACGUGGAAGACUCGCCGUUUGAUCUUAAACUACUCAAGCUCAAUGAAUCGGUCAAGUUUGAUGAAUAUGUUCGGCCUGCCUGCUUACCUCAAUCUCAAUCGGAAAUUUCUCACAGGUUCUAUGAAGUAGGAUGGAGUAGAACUAAUGUUCGUGAGAAUAAACUUCUACAUAAAGUGAAAUUGUAUCAAAUUUCAAAUGACUUCUGCAAAGACAGAUUUAAAUGGAUUGCUCAUCAACAACCAAUGAUGAAGCGACUCGACGAACAAAUAAUUUUCUGCGCCACAUCGGUUGAUGGUGAUCGUGAUAUGUGUCUUGAAUUUUUCGGGGCAGCUCUAUUGAAUCGUGAUCGCAAUUUGUCAUCUGUGGACGAGGUCAUUGGCCUUGCAACUACAAAUACCGGAUGUGAGGACACAUACCCAACAGUUUUUGUAAGAAUAUCGAAAAGUUUGAAUUGGAUCGAGACUAUUGUUUGGCCUGAUGAUACUUCGAUGGAAGACGUUACAACAACACAAGCAUCUAUAAUCGUACCAACGACACAUAAACCUUUCAAAAAUAUGUCAAUGAUAUCCAUCAACAUAACGACGAGUAGAAACAAUUUGAUAUUUAUUUCUAUUUCAAUCACUCUAGCAAUUCUAGCAGUGAUUGCAUGUAUUAUCAUUGUAACUUAUCAAAUGCGUAAGUCGACACAAGACGUAAGCGUCAGUAUACAUAUGCGUGACUAGAAUUGCAGCACCGUCUACAAAAAGGGACAAUACUUCUAAGUAAAUAAAUGUGCACACCGACGCUACGUGAUGUGAGUUUUA